AUUAUAUUUUGGAUUGAUGCAUCAUCAGAAAGCACAAUUAUUCAAAGUCUAAAGAAUAUUCAAGCCAAAUAUAUCAAUAUACUACAAAAAUCAUCAAACUUUCAGAUAAAUAAUGAAAGUUCAACACUUGAUUGGAUUUCUGAAUUUCAUGAAGAAUGGCUUUUGAUAUAUGAUAAUGCAGAUCAUCAUAAUAUUAGUUUGUUGCAAAAGUAUUUCCCUUCUGGACAAAAGGGAAAUAUUUUGAUUACAAAUCAUAAUCCUAAUUUGAGUUGUAUCACAGAAAAUGCUGAAAUAGCUGUAGCUGAAAUGGACUCUAAAACAGCUAUAGAAUUGUUUUGUAAUGCUAGUGGUCUUAAAGAAGUAAAUGAUAAAAUUAAAAGAUAUGCUAAAGAUAUAGUAAUUAAGCUUAGUUACAUACCAUUAGCAAUUGAUCUUGCUGAAUCAUCUAUUCAAUGUGGCCAUUAUACAAUUUAUGAUUAUCUCAAGUUUUUUGAUGAAAAUCAUAAAGAGGGAUUAACAGAAACAAGCAUUUCUGAAAAAAAAAGAAAAUAUAUAUGA